CUCCCAGACAAGAAAGAUACCAUCAGGGAAGAAAGCAGGAGACUGUCGCGUCCAAGAUCCUUAAAGAGUUUCCGAAAGGAAAAGCGCGAUGGCGAUGUUACCAGGGCUGCUGCCUGUUCGAAGGUAGCCACCACAAAGGUCAAUGCUGCUCCACUUGCUCCAUUGUCAGGCGUGGUUGGUAACCAUGAGAAAAAGAAGGAAGCGAAAGCUGGUGCUGACAGUAAAGGUAAUAGUUCUCAGGCGGUUUCGUGUCGAGGCCGCAAUAAAAAAAGAUCAGGACUAACAAAGGUCAAAAGGAAAGCUCCACCUUCACCGCUGCCUCUCUCUGAGAGGCCUUCCAUUUCUCACACCAGUCCAUCCCAGUCUGGUUUACCUCGUCCUGUUUCAGCCCGUCCUUCUCCUCCGAUAUCUCCACCGCGUCAACCACCAACUCGUAAGAUGGCUCCACCUCGCCCCCCUCCACCGAAUAUGAAGCAGCCUGGAAAAAAGAGUGAUACCACAAGUGUUAAGAAGAAGGAAAACGAGAUGCGCCACUAUCCAAAGGAUCUAAACCCGUUUGCAAGUUCCAACGGUACCACCGAUAAUGACUGCUCGUCCCAGAACAGCGGGAAGGCCUCGAGCGCUAGUCGCCAAAGGCAUAAAAGAAGACGGAAGAACUCUAAAAGUGGAGAAUACCCGAUGGAAAAUAAUCCAUUUAAUGAUACUGAUGGGAUGAGCGAGACGCCCUCCAGUACUCGUCGUCAAAGGCGUAGCAGAAAACGGAGAGAAUCCAUGAAUGAGGAAUACAAAAUGGAGACAUCUCAUCUAGUGAUACUGAUGACAUGCGCAACAAGCCCUCCAGUACUCGUAGUCAAAGGCGUAGAACAAAACGGAAAGAAUCGAAUGGUGAAAAAUACAAAAUGGAACACAAUCCAUCCAAUGAUACCGAUGAGGAAAAUAGUUCGUCAAUCUUGCAGUCGACCGAUACUUCUGACAUGUGGUCUGUUUCUUCAUUGGAAGAUAUUCAGUUUGUGGUGAACACAGCUACAGUAGAAGAGAUAAAUGUAAAGACUGCAUUACAAGGCUUGGCUGCCAGCAAUGAAAAAGACGAACAGGUUGACCGAGAAGCUUCUGGUGACUCAAAGGCCCAGUCCUUAGCAUCUGAUAAGAAGGUCUCUCCUGAUGAUCUCCCUUCCACAAAGAAGGAUAAUUUUCCUGCAAGUAUCGGAUCAACAAACCUUGAUGCUUCGACUGCUAAAGAUUGUUCAAAUGUGGGCGAGAGAUCAAUUAUCAAGCAAGUACAACCUUCCGAGGAAGUAAUUGCUAUGGAAGAGUGCCAGGGUGGAGACAGCUGUGGUAAGUUGUUCUGUAAGCAUACCACAGAAUAGAUCCUAAUGAGCGGAAAGUAUUGGAAAACAGUGCGUCUUUAUCCACCGAACCGGCGAAGAGGGUCAUUAGAAACAUUCCCAUCUGCGCCCAAGUAAACCUUUAUUCUUGACUGUUGCUUGUAUUUUGAUUGCUCUUAACCAAAUAGAUUUAAUUGCUUCAAUAUAAACUUAGACAGAAUGUGUAUACAUUCGCCUGCCCUUUUCAUUAUUUAAGCACGUGUAUUUUCUGAUAUCUUCUUUAGCUGCCAUCGUAAGCAAUCAGUUCCCUGAGUUGGCUAUUUCUGUGGAGACAGAGAUUCAGGUUGUCGAACAAGAGUUGCUUUCAUUGCACAAGGUGAUGGUUAAAUUGGAACUGGAGAUGAAAGAAGCAAUAGACACUGAAGGUUAGUUUUCUAUUUUUUACCUUUGCAUGAGUCAAUAUAUAAAAACUAACAUAUUUGCUACAAACGUGCAGAACAGUGCUUUUCGAAUGCCACUAUCCUUAAUCCCUAGCUUCGAACCUUUCCAACUGUUCACCUUCGUCAAAUAACAGCCGAACUAUCCUGUUAGUUGAGAGGAAUCUUUCGGGGUUCAAAGUGCUUGGUUUCUCUCACGCAACGCUAAAGAAAAACAGUUUCUCUUCUAGGAAGAGGUAAAGUCUGGAAACAAUUAUCCGGGUAUACUGUCGCGCCAAAUAGAGGGUGAUGCAUGUAACUAACUAAACACAAAUUAAAUGCAGCCUUCUUUAAUUUCCCCUUUUAGAUUGUGAGGCCGAGUUUGAAAGCUUAUCACUUGACUGGUUAGCGCUAAAUAAGUUACGUUCUGAACUUGACGAAAGGAAGCAAGACCUUCUCACUCUGUAAGUACAUCUUAUCCUUAUAAAGCUGUUUUAAACCUUUUAAUCGCUCUGACGAAGGGCUAACGCUCGAAACGUCAGCUUUUUUACCCUUUACGGUGGCUAAUUUACGUUUUCAACCCAGUUGUUAACACUAAAUUACCUGCUAUACUCUCCCACCGACGCAGCACCACAGUUUCUUUAGAAACUUACCCCUUUAUUCAUUUGUUUUAAGCCUUGCUCGAUAGUUGGGAACAAGUCAAUAUGUCAAAUUAUGGUAAUACAUAUUCAAUAACCAGAACGAAUGAUUUAAAUUAACCACAUAUAAGCACUCCUUUUUUUAUUAAGCAUUUUAAUUCCUUGGAUUGUAUUUCCAUUUGAAAGUUUAUCGUAUUAAAGCCUUAUCUUUCGUCUCUGUUGUUUUUAGUUCCAGACAACAAAACCGGAAAGAGUGUUUGAAGUUCUUACGUCAGGACCUUAAAUACCUGUUUGAAGUCAAAGGUGAGAAUCAGUUUCGUUAUUUCUUCAAUGUGAUAAUGCUAAAUUUUUUUUUUUGUAUGAUGUUAAACAAGUGUUCUGUUACCAACACCUGGGUUUUUUAUGCAAUCUUUUAUUUUUUUUAUCGUAUGGUGAGUGAUGUUUUAUAACGUUUUCUGCGGCAGGUUGGAAGAAAACCAAAGAACACAAAGAUCGGGAAAAGAAUGUCCUGGAUCUUAUCCUCAAGUUGACCAACAUGGCCUGAAUAACAAACUGCAUUAA